GUCAAAUACAGGUGGUAUGAAAGCUGGAAACGGGGAGGUCGAAGUGUUUGUCCGGAUCAGACCAACCGCAAACUUUGCCCGAGAUCUUAUUGAAUGUCUUCCGGACGGACAAACACUGAACAUCUACCAGAGGAAAGUUGGCAGGAAGCCCCACCAUUCCAGGCAAAGUCAGCUGAACUCUCAAUCAUUCAAGGUUAAAGGAAUUCUGCAAGAUGUGUCUCAGGAGUGGGUGUAUGCCCGUGUGUGCCAGCGGGUGGUACUGGAAGCUCUGGAUGGCUAUAAUGGUACUGUGAUGUGUUUUGGGCAAACAGGUGCAGGAAAGACGUACACCAUGACAGGAUCCACUGAAUCAUACAAGCAGCGAGGCAUCAUUCCACGAGCCCUUCAAAAUGUGUUUCAUGAGAUGGAGAGGAGAACUGAGUAUUCGAUCUCUGUACACCUGUCAUACCUGGAGAUCUAUAACGAGACCCUGGUGGAUCUGUUGUCGUCACUGCAGCGCUCACCACACCUGUCUCCUCAGAGUAUGAUGAUAAUGGAAGAGCCAGGGGGAGGUGUGUUUGUCCGCGGCCUGUCCCUUCAACCGGUCCAUAGUGAGGAGGAAGCUCUCAAUGUGUUUUUUGAGGGUGAGAUGAAUCGCAUCAUUGGCUCUAAUGCCCUGAACAGAAACUCCUCCAGGUCUCACUGCAUCUUUACUGUGCAUAUUGAGUCUCAUUUACGGACUCUGUCUGAUGUCAAGUAUGUCACCUCCAAACUAAAUCUGGUGGAUUUAGCUGGGUCUGAAAGGCCAGGAAAGACUCAGUCAGAGGGUCAAUUGUUAAAGGAAGCCAUGUACAUCAACAAGUCCUUGUCAUUUCUGGAACAGACCGUUCUGGCUAUAGCAGACUGUCACAGAGACCACAUUCCUUUCAGACAGAGUAAACUCACAUACACCCUGAAAGACUCACUGGGAGGAAACUGCAAUACCGUGCUUGUGGCCAACAUCUAUGGUGACGCUGCACACAUUGAUGAAACGCUGUCUACUCUGCGUUUUGCCAGUAGAAUGAAGUGUGUCCAGACUGAGCCCACUGUGAAUGAACAUGUGGAUCAGGCAGUUCAGAUUAAGAAGCUUCAGAGAGAGAUCCAGGUGCUGAGAGAGGAACUGUCCAGCCUCAAUAAACUGGCGGACCGACCACACAUCACAUAUGCACCAUUGUCUGAAGCCCAGAUGGCUGACAUCCACAGCCAGGUUCACAGGUACCUGGAUGGAAGUCUAAAGGAAAUAGACAUUAGAAGUGUCAGACAAGUUCAAGCUGUAUUUGCACAGUUCAAGCUUCUACAUGAGCAGGAGAAGGAGAAGCAGUGCCAGAGCUACAAUUUACUGAAGGAACAAAUUGCCAACAUGACUGCAGUCAAGGAAGGUGACACCAGAGGAAGCCAUGAGGAUUCAGAGGCUGCACAAACACAGGAAAACUCCCAUCGCCCAAGUUCCAAAAAAGCCAAAAAUAAGAAGCUGAAAGACAGAUGCAGCCAAAGCAAGAGACAGGUGUCAAGGAGGCAUUUAGAGAGUGCGUCCAAAUCAAGGCUGAAUACUGCCCAGACACCAGAGACUGAAGAAGAAGCAGACGCUGGGAGCCAGGACUCGCAUGAUUCACAAACACCUGUUGAUGAACCCACUCAGCCCAAGUGUCCUCCCCCUAAAGCAGAAGCAUUUGAAGACUUUAAGUUGAAGGAAGGCAGUGAGAUCAAUCAUAUCCUGAAGGAGAACAAGGCUAUUCUGCUAGAGCGCCAAAGCCUUAUGCGACAGCUCACAGAAGAGGUCAACACUGUCAAGAGACACAUCGAUGGCACUAUGACAACUAUACAACAGCACAAAGAUCUGAGCAGAGGCCGAGGGGAGACGGUGCCACAGGAUCCAGAUGCCACUUUAAUGAUGCAGCUCAGGGUGCUGAAGGCCCAGUACCGGCAGAAAUACGAGGCGCUGCGUGAUAUCAAAGCAGAGGUCAACUACUGUCAGCACCUGGUGGAUCAGUGCAGGUUACGGCUGCUCUCUGAAUUUGAGAACUGGUAUAAGAAGUUGUUCUCGUUACCUGAGGAGGAGGAAUUAACAAUGGAUAAGAACGUUUCACAGGUUCUUCAUAGUCCCAGUGCAGAGUCAUUCCACAGUGCCCGCUAUAGGGUGCUCAAACGGAGGAGUGCCCGAGCAUCGUCCAUGACCCCAGUACAGAUGAACUCCUCUUCUGGGUCUAGGCCGAGACUUCCUUCAAUUACUGCUGUCAUACCAGUCACCUAAGUGAGUUGAAAACUAGAACACUGUAGGAGCUACAGCCAGGUCUGGAAGUAUUUGGACAGUGACAAAUGGAAAUCUG